UGUAUCUGCUAAUCUCAUAGGUUAUAUUCACAGAGUACAAUUGUAUAUUGGUUGUAUUUUUCGCUCGAUUGGUUGACUCAGGUUGACUGGACCGCCUAGGGUAAUAAUGUUCUGUGGACUGGACAGUGAAAAUAAUAAUAUUUUUGAAUUGGAAGUGAUUUAUAAAUCCAUGAUAUAAGUACCUACUCCUAAUUCCUAUGGUGGUUCUAGUUUUUUAUUUCAAAAGAAACUUGGCUGUUUAAGUGGUCAUUAACGAGCCAGUGAAACUUUAUUACUGUUUUGUAUUCUAAAUAUUUAAGAUAGACACUUUAGUCCAUUAUGCUGGGCUAUGCAAACGCAGGUAUUCCAGAUAAAUCAUGGCAGCCACCAGUUGCAGUAUUAGAAACGACGAUGGGCACAAUAAUCGUAGAAAUGUAUUGGAAACAUACACCAAUGACAUGCAGAAACUUCAUGGAACUUGUGAGAAGAAAUUACUAUAACAACACCAAAUUUCAUAGAGUGAUAAGAGAUUUCAUGAUUCAAGGUGGUGAUCAUACUGGUACAGGCAAGGGUGGUCAAUCAAUAUAUGGGCCACAAUUUGAUGAUGAGAUUACAUCAGAUUUAAAGCAUACAGGAGCAGGUAUAUUGUCUAUGGCAAAUGCGGGCCCUAAUACAAACGGUUCCCAAUUUUUCAUAACCUUAGCACCUACACAGUGGUUGGAUGGCAAACACACUAUCUUUGGGCGAGUUCAAAGUGGAAUGGCCGUUGUGAAAAGAAUAGGCUUGGUUGAAUGCGACAAAAAUGACUGUCCUGUUGAUGAUGUGAGAAUUGAAAGAGCUUACAUACCGAAAUAAAAUCACUCUAAUAAUAUAAUAAUGUUUUAAUAUAGUCACCAAAGCACAACAGAUGGAAAUGUUUAAGUGCGGAAACCAGCUCAGAAAGAAGAAGAAUAUACUCACCACUCAUACCAAUAAAAUAUGAUUUUUGCUCAGGUCUCCAGCGUUUCUCUACACGCAGCGUUUCUCUACACGCUACACAAAAAUGGCUAUACACAUUUCGUUUGUCCUCUCCUGCUUAGGAAAAGUUUUGUGAUUUCUAAAAAAUUUACAGUUUAAAUGAGUUUGUUCGAAGAAGACUAGAUUUCAGUUUUAGCAAUAGAAGAUUUGGUUUCGAACAGACUAGUUUGAGACAGACCCUAAUAACUGGCUUGAAAUUUUAAUAAUAUAAUAUUCAGAAUUAAUAAUAAAAGAUUGAUUUGGAAAAGGAAACUUGGUGUCAAUGUUUGAUUUUAUGUUCUGAUGAUUGAGCAUCCCAGUUCCCAGAUCAAUAAUAAAUUUAUAAAAUAAUAAUAUUAUUUCUUGACUCC